CAAGUAAUUGCAUGAUAUUGAAUAUUGAGUGUUGAACAUUGUUUUAAAUUUGCACAGAAUACUUAUAGGCUCUUCCUGUUUGCGAGCCCACUUGAAUUUCUGUCUCUGUCUACGUGAUGUUGGGUUCAGGAUUAAAUCUCUCCGGUCACUCUUUUCCCAGUGUUAAUUCCGUUUCAAGAUUUGGGGAAGCGUCUCCAUAUAAUCCAAAUGCUCCAAUAUGUUCAUAUCCACGUUCACUAUUGGAGCACAUAGUUAGUUUGGAUAUCGAUCAUCAACCUGCAUACAUUCGGAACACUGGUAUAAUAUGUACAAUCGGUCCCGCUUGUCGUACUGUCGAAAUACUUCAAAAUAUGAUCAACGCAGGAAUGAACAUUGCCCGAUUAAACUUUUCUCACGGUAGCCAUGAGUAUCAUGCAGAGACCAUAAAGCUGGUUCGUGAAGCUGCCUCGACUUUAAAGCCGAUGUCAAGACCAGUCGGUAUUGCUUUGGAUACAAAAGGCCCUGAAAUACGUACUGGACUUAUAAAUGGGAGUGGAACUGCAGAAGUUAGUCUUGAAGUUGGGCAUAAAAUUCGUGUGACUACUGAUCCUGCUUACAUGGAAGCAUGUAAUGCAUCCACUCUUUACGUGGAUUAUCCUAAUAUUGUUCAUGUCUUAUCAGAAGGCUCGAAAAUCUACGUUGACGAUGGUUUGAUCAGUUUAGUGGUCAAAAAUAAAGGUCCCAAUUUUCUCGAAUGUGAAGUCGAAAACGGUGGAAAGCUUGGCUCUCGUAAGGGAGUUAAUCUUCCAGGAGCCCGAGUAGACCUGCCUGCAGUUUCAGAAAAAGACAAACAAGAUCUUCGUUUUGCAGUUGAGCAUAACGUUGAUAUGGUGUUUGCUUCCUUCAUUAGAAACGCAGCUGCAGUACAUGAAAUUCGCAGUCUCCUUGGUGAAAAAGGUGCUUACAUCAAAAUAAUUGCGAAAAUUGAAAACCAUGAAGGUGUUCAAAGAUUCAAUGAAAUCCUUGAAGUUGUUGAUGGGAUUAUGGUGGCUCGUGGUGAUCUUGGAAUAGAAAUUCCAGCAGAAAAAGUCUUCUUAGCACAAAAGAUGAUGAUUGGUCGUUGUAAUCAGGUUGGUAAGCCUGUAAUAUGCGCUACACAAAUGUUGGAAUCAAUGACCACUAAACCUCGACCAACUCGAGCUGAAUCAUCCGAUGUAGCUAACGCUGUACUUGAUGGUGCUGACUGUGUUAUGCUUUCAGGUGAAACAGCAAAAGGAUUGUAUCCCCUAGAAACUGUACAAACUAUGCAUCGUAUUUGCGUACAAGCUGAAGCAGCAAUGUUCCAUGGGCAGUUGUUUGAAGAUCUGAAAAACUCUUUGUGUGGUCCCACAGAGAUGGCUCACACUACAGCUAUUGCUGCUGUAGAAGCUUCUAAUCGGUGCAAUGCAGCUGCUAUAAUUGUGAUUACCACUUCUGGGCGGUCUUGCCACUUGAUUUCACGUCAUCGACCUCGUUGUCCAAUCCUUGCUGUUACGCGUCAUGAAGUCAUUGCUCGUCAGGCUCAUCUUUAUCGUGGUGUCCAUCCCUUAUACUAUGGCGAAGCACGAACUAAAGAAUGGGAUGAAGAUAUGGAUCGUAGAAUUCGUUUUGCCAUUGACUACGGUCGUAAGCGUUCAUAUUUCACUCCAGGAUGUUAUGUGAUCAUUGUAACUGGUUGGAAGGCUGGUUCAGGUUCAACGAAUACACUUCGUGUUGUCAAGUUAGAAGAUGCAGAAACCAAACCAAUAGUUAUGGUGCCAAGUAUUACUCAAUUUGAUGAUUAAAGAGUGUGUUUUCGUAAAAGGUUUAUUGUGCUGUAUUAUGUGAGCGACAGAGAAAUAUACAUUAAACUUAAUUCUUCUUACACGUUUCAUCAGUCUUUUUUCUUACACCUUAGUCGAUUUAUUAUCCCUCACCUUCUCUUAACUGCAUAAAGUUCUGUUAUCACUUUCCAAUCGAUAAUUCAAACUUCUGUGUGCUAAUAAGUCUUCAUUGUCCUGAUAGAACCAUUCGGUAGGUGUGUGAAUCCGUCAGUAUUCAUCUUUAUUAAAGUACUUCUAUAGUUGUACUAACCCAAUAUUUUCUUCAUGUAUUUUUGACUUAUACCUCGGGAGAAUUAAGGUAUAUCGAUUUUCUUGAUUUAUUCUCUAAAUUAGAUAUUUCUUAAAUCAUUUUUUGCAUGUAGACGUCAUACUGAAAAGAAAAAAACCACACAACAUUAUAAGGAUAACA